CCUGUCCAAAGACAUUCGGUACAUACCCUCGUUUUUCGUUCCCUCAAGCGAACUCAUGAUAUGUUUGAGGCCGACCAGGCCCGCCUCCCGGAACUAGAUGAGAAAGCGUAUGUUGUAUUUUCGUACAUUGGUAUUUUCAGAGAACAAAUAAAAAUAAAUGUCAAAAAGCGUGAUCAAUAUGGACCAAUUUUACACCAGCCUACUGCUACGCCUGCUCAAAACAAUACUCUUAGCCUUCCAAGUUCGGAAUCUGACAAAUCUGUCGUCCCUGUUGAAAAACAAGGUCCCACCAAGUUACCGACCAACUCAUCUGACACGCACAUCGUACAAAUCGGCAAUGAGAAACUUCUUCUACCCAAGAGAGCACCGACGAUGCCGAAGCCCGUAUGGCACCCCCCAUGGAAACUAUUUCGAGUUAUCAGUGGGCAUUCCGGCUGGGUCAGAUGCAUUUCAUUUGACCCUACGAAUGAAUUUUUCGCCACCGGUGCUGCCGACAGAAUGAUUAAGAUUUGGGAUUUUGCAAGUGGCACACUUAAACUUACACUGACUGGUCACAUUAGUGCCGUGCGCGGUGUGGUUGUGAGUCCGCGCCAACCUUACUUAUUCUCUUGUGGUGAGGACAAGACUGUCAAAUGUUGGGACCUGGAACAGAAUAAGGUACACACAUUUUUCAUUAACCACAUAUACAUGAAUAGGUGA